AGGAACCCUGUGUUCUAUGGGCAGCAGCCAGAGAAGAAGGUGCAGGUGCCCUCAGGGCAGGAGAUAAAGCAGACCCCUGUUGUCCUGGCAACAAUUAAAGGUCCGGGGCCUGCUAAAUACCUCCGGCCAUCCUGCACGGGCUACGUAGACCAUGACGUCUCCAUGUUCCGGGAGCCGGCCUACACCCUACACACCCCACACUCGGAGAAGCGCAACUCUGGGCAUUUCCCAACUGGACCUCCUGAGGGAGCUUCGAAGGGACCUGUUGCAUCCAGCUGGAAGGGUCUCCCUUCUGUGUGGUCUUUGGCUGGGGCCCUUCCACUCUGGCUGCCAUGGGUUCAACUGCCAUAGCAGCUGGGCAGGAAUAGCUGGGAUCAUGGACAUAUGCAGCCCUGGGCCUUGCUAUUUCUUGGAUCCUAAAAUAACUCGGUUUGGAAUGUCCAGCUGCCCUCAGGUUCCCAUGGCAGAGCGCAUCUCUAACCUGCGCCUGAGCCCCACCCUGGCCUCCUGCCAUUACCACCUGGAGAAGACCCACCCGCCUGGGGAGCGCAGGGCUCCCAAGUACACCUUUGGCUACCGGUGCCCAUACAGAGUGAUGGACCCCAACCCGGGCCCCAACCAGUACCAGCUGCCACUCCUGCUGGGGCCCAACCUGCCCGCCAACAGAGCUGCUCCUUGCUACAGCCUGAGCCCCUUGCACAAGAACUGGUUCUACAAGGAGGAUGUGGCAGGAGGCCCUGGACCUGCCAUGCACGCCCGGCCUGAGCCGUCUGUCUACAAGAACCGCAGCCCCAUGUACAGCAUGGCCAGGCGCUUUGCCUACCCGCUGGACCACACACCUCGGCCCGGCCCCGGCUCCCAUGACAUCCAGCAGGUCACGGUGCACAAGUCCCGCAUGCCCGCUUUCACCAUGGGCAUCAAGCACUCGCCCCACCUGUGCCCACUGGUUGUUGACAUUCAUGACUGAGGCCCCUCCCGGUGCACUCACCGCCCCCCGUCCCCAGAAGUUAUGUUUCUAUACCAAAUCGAGCAACUUAGCAAGGUUUUAAGUAGCAGAGCUGAUGCCUGCUGUGUCCAGCACAUAGAAGGCAUUAGAUAAAUAUUUUCAUUUAUCCCUUCGUUUUGCAAACACUCACAGUGGCUUUCUUUGGGCCCUGAUGAGGGGCUGGGGAUACUGGCAGUGUAGUAGGAGUCCCUGUCUGGGGGAUGUUCUGCUGUGGCUCACCAGAUGUCCUCCAAGGAGCCCUGGGCAGAGGCGCCGGGGAGCUGAGUUCUAGGCCUACCUCUGCCACUAAUGUGCUCUGUGGACUUGUGCAGCUCCCUCACCUCUCUGGGCCUCUGUGAGGGGGGACGGUGGACCUGGAGGAUGUCCAAGUUCCCUCCAGCUUCCGAACUGUUUGAUUCUGAUCCCUGACGGUGGUCAGCCCCCAAGAGAGGAGCAGGGCAAGUGGAGCAGGAGGGAGGAGCCAUUCUGGCUGGGCUGGGGGGACAGGGCAGUUUUCCUGCGGGAAGAACCCAAGAGGACAAGCAGAGACAGUGUGUAGGAGGGAGGGUAUUCUUGGUGGAGGUAUAGAUGAGAGGGAAGGUGUGCAGGUGGGACCGAAGUGUACAGGGGCAGGGAACCGGGGGAGGCUCAGAGGGC